AUCAAGCAAUAGGGAAAGAAAAGAUACUGUUAUCGAAAAGAUGAAAUCAAAAGGCUUACAGGGAAAACGAGCUCGAGCACCGAUACCCAGCAACAAUGUGCUUAGUGUUAGUGAGAGCAAUGUGGAGGGAUUGAAUUGUUGCUCAUGGCAAGAUCGACAGGCUUCAAGGCUGUUUUUUUCUGUUUUUCCCCAUUUGCAUUCUUUCUGUGCAGGGACGGCCUGAUCCGUCAAGCACAGGGGCUGUCUGAAACCUUUUCUUCCCUAUGUAAUGUUGCAGUAGAGAAUUGUUCCAAUUUGCGUCCUUAUGAACAA